CCGCCCCUCCUUCCCUUCCGGAGCUGUGGCGCCGCCGCCAUCUUGGCAUUCGGGUUGAGAGAAAGAGCCAAAUCCUGGCUUUGCGGGGCCCGGGUGGGGAGCCCCUCCCGCGGUUCACAGCGACGCCUGCCCAGCCCUCCUCCCCUUCCCGCUCCGGCGCGGUUCGGAAGCCAGGCGGGUUCCUGUCAGGCCCGGGGAGGAGAGGCGGGCGGGGCGACCGCUGCCUCCCCGGGACGGGCCGAACCACGCGGGCGGGGAGGACGGGACCUGGGGACCGCUGGGCGGCGGCACCGCCCGGGGGCGGAGCGGGGUGCGGAGCAGGGUGCGGAGCGGGCCUGCCGGCUCCCCGGGGCGGGGCGGGAGGGCGGGGCGUGGGGCGGACGGAACCACCGGGGCCGGGUGGGGAGGUAACGGGACGGGCGCGACCAUGGCGCGGUGAGGGAGCGGGGGUGGGGAUCGGUCCGGGGGAGGCCUGGGGCCGCUGGCUUGUGCGCUGUCUCCGUUGCCCCCCCCUUUCGCCGCCGCCGCCGCCGCCGCCGCCCCGGGCAUGUCGUCCAAUUGCACCAGCACCACGGCGGUGGCGGUGGCGCCGCUCAGCGCCAGCAAGACCAAGACCAAGAAGAAGCAUUUCGUGUGCCAGAAAGUGAAGCUAUUCCGGGCCAGCGAGCCGAUCCUCAGCGUCCUGAUGUGGGGGGUGAACCACACGAUCAAUGAGCUGAGCAAUGUCCCUGUUCCUGUCAUGCUAAUGCCAGAUGACUUCAAAGCCUACAGCAAGAUCAAGGUGGACAAUCAUCUCUUCAAUAAGGAGAACCUGCCCAGCCGAUUUAAGUUUAAGGAGUAUUGCCCCAUGGUGUUCCGAAACCUUCGGGAGAGGUUUGGGAUUGAUGAUCAGGAUUACCAGAAUUCGGUGACGCGCAGCGCCCCCAUCAACAGUGACAGCCAGGGCCGGUGUGGCACGCGUUUCCUCACCACCUACGACCGGCGCUUUGUCAUCAAGACUGUGUCCAGUGAGGACGUGGCAGAGAUGCACAACAUCUUAAAGAAAUACCACCAGGAGGCUGGAGGUGGCUGUUGCCUGUUUUUAAGCCUGAGAAACCCCUAUUACUUCAUAGGACCCAACUGGAGAAUGACCGGUCUAGAGUUUAUAGUGGAGUGUCAUGGCAACACUCUUUUGCCACAGUUCCUGGGCAUGUACCGCCUGACCGUGGAUGGUGUGGAAACCUACAUGGUGGUUACCAGGAACGUGUUCAGCCAUCGGCUCACUGUGCAUCGCAAGUAUGACCUCAAGGGUUCUACGGUUGCCAGAGAAGCAAGCGACAAGGAGAAGGCCAAGGACUUGCCAACAUUCAAAGACAAUGACUUCCUCAAUGAAGGGCAGAAGCUGCACGUGGGAGAGGAGAGCAAAAAGAACUUCCUGGAGAAGCUGAAGCGGGAUGUUGAGUUCUUAGCGCAGCUGAAGAUCAUGGACUACAGCCUGCUGGUGGGCAUCCAUGACGUGGACCGGGCGGAGCAGGAGGAGAUGGAGGUGGAGGAGCGGGCAGAGGACGAGGAGUGUGAGAAUGACGGGGUGGGCGGCAACCUGCUGUGCUCCUAUGGCACACCUCCGGACAGCCCUGGCAACCUCCUCAGCUUUCCUCGGUUCUUUGGUCCUGGGGAAUUCGACCCCUCAGUUGAUGUCUAUGCCAUGAAAAGCCACGAAAGUUCCCCCAAGAAGGAGGUGUAUUUCAUGGCCAUCAUCGAUAUCCUCACGCCAUACGACACGAAGAAGAAAGCUGCACAUGCUGCCAAAACGGUGAAACACGGGGCAGGGGCGGAGAUCUCGACUGUGAACCCUGAGCAGUACUCCAAACGCUUCAACGAGUUUAUGUCCAACAUCCUGACAUAGUUAUCUUCUUUCAGCCAGAGCCAGAGAGCUGGAUAUGGGCUUGGGGAUUGGGAGUUAGGGAGAAGGGUGUAUUUGGGCUAGAUGGGAGGGUGGGAGCAAAGUGGGGGUUCGGGAGGGCUUGAGCAAUGAGACUGCAGCCCGUGACACCGAAAAAGACUUCAGCUGAAGAGGAGGGGGAUGUGCUGUGUGUGCAACUACGCACAGGAUGUAACCCCGCCUUCUGCUUACCCUUGGUUUUUUUUUCCCCCCCGAUUCGACACCCAGUUAAAAAGGGGUUCCCUUUUUGGUACCUUAUAACCUUUGAAGCUACCUUGGGGCUAGAGAUGACUGUGGGUUUAUUUGGGUUUUGUUUCUGAAAUGUCAUUGCUCCAGGUUUGCUACUUAUCAUCGUGUAUUUCAUCACCCUCCCCACCCUCCCCCUCCCUGCCCAGCUCUCAGUUCCCUUCAAUUAAAGAGAUACCCAGUAGACCCCACACAAGGGUCCUUUCAGAACCAAGUGCUCUGAUGCCAGAUUGGAGAGGUCAGACACCUGGCCCUGCUGCAUUUGGUCUGGUCUGGAUGAACUUUGUAAUUUGAUGGAGUAUUGUGAACUUCCUCCACCUUUCCACCUUGGAUUCAAGUGAAAUGUUCCAUUAGUCCUCCAUCCUGUCCGGAGCACACCAAGGCAACACCAGGCAUCUCGGGUCACAAUCAAAGAUCUCAGAGGGGAGUGAGUUCCUCCUCACGGGAUGGUGAGGGGCAGGAGAGUGGCUGGGUUCUCAGACAGCUGGUUCUCAGAGAACCCUGUGAUGAUCGCCCAAGCCCCAGGCUCUCAGCCCCUGGAGUUCAGGAGUGUUCUCUGUAAAGCCUGCCUCCCACUAGGUUAAGAGGAACACGAGUACCUUUGGAUUUAUCAGGACCCUCAUGUUUAAAUGCUUAUUUCCCUUUGGGAAAACCUCAGAACCUGAUGUAUCAAAUGAGGUCCUGUGCCCUCCGUUUCCUUCCUCCUUCGGACCUCCCAGGCACUCUCACUUCUAGCUGAGCUCUUAGCUCUGGGCAGAUCUCCAAGCGCCUGGAGUGCUCUUUUGCAGAGACACCUCGUCAGCACCAGCAAGGUGCCCCCAUCUUAGAGUUACACAAGGAUGUGAUCCAGGAAAUCCAGUUCGGAGGCUUGAUGUGGGGUUUGACCUGGCCUCAGCCUUGGGGCUGUUCUUCCUUGUUGCCCCCUCUAGGCUUUUAGCACAGGCUUUCUUGGAAGGAGCGGCUUCCUGCAGGUGUUCCACCCACCUUCAGAGCCUGCCACCCAGGUCCUUAGAACUGAGCCACAAGCCGCAGACUGGUCCGGCCAAGAGAGAAAACAGCCCCGUUGCUCUGCGCUUGGGGAGGCACAUUCCUGCGUCUUCUCACCCUCAACCAGGAACUGGGGAUUUGGGAUGAGAUGUGGUCAAACUUGUAUAUAACCCCAAAGAUGUGAAGAUCGUGUGUGAAACCGUUUUGAAUGAAUAGAUUGGUUUCCUGUGGCUCCCUCCAAACCUGGCCAAGCUCAGCUUCUGAAGCAGGAACCAGCACUGUCUCUACGCCUGACUCACAGCACACAGGUCAGGAAAAGGAUGGAGACACAGCCUUCUUGGACUUCACUGGGGCUGCUGGAUUGGGUGGGAACCCUUCUGGAAGAGGCAGGUGGGGGUCAAAAUCACUGCCCUGGCCCCAGGAAGGGGCCAUAGGUAGGUCUGAACAACUGCUGCAAGACCACUAAGUGACUUAGGAAACUUGAAACCAACCCACUCGUGGAGAAAGCAAAUUGGACUUGGGAAAGGGAUUACUUAGGAAUAAUGUUGGACUUGAUUUCCCCACUUCAUAAUGAAGAAUGGAAGUUUGGAUCUGCUCCUAGUCAGGCCCAGCAUCCCUGAAGCUUGGAAAGUUGUCUGCUAGCAGCCUCCACGGCCUUGGGCUCCCACCGGCUUCUCUGCAUUUGGUCUGCUGAUCAUGUUGCCAUAAUGUACGGAAAGUGUAACACGAUCUUACUGGUUCAAGACGACUACCAGGUAUCUAACUUGUUUAACAUUGAGAGAGAGAGAGAGUGAGAGUGAGAGUGUGUGUGUGUGUGUGUUUUGUAUAUUGUUUACAUUUUGAGAGGUAGCAUUCUGUUUCAAAUGCUUUUUGUUUUUCUGACAGUAUUGUUGAUUGGGUCACAACAUUUUAAGCUGUGGUUUGGUGGAUUUUCAAUUUUUUCUUAAGGGUCAUUCGCUGUGCUAUCUUGAAAACCUUGGGUUUGGCCCCUAAUUCCUUUGGCAUUCAAAUGUUUAAAAGCUAUUUAUCUUGGUUUAUACACGUUUCCUUUCUCUUCUUUUUGUCAUGAUAUUCUACGUGGUCUGCAGUUUGAAUGUGGAGACAGUGGACUGACCCCCACGCAUUGUCUGCCCCACUCUUUCCUCCUCGGGUCCCGCCAUUCUUUUUCUGGGCAGUCGAAGGCAUUGGAGGGGAAGUGACUGCCCUCAGCGUCACUCACUGGGGCCAUGGCAUCUCAGAAUAAUUUUGGGUCUCCCAAGAAGAAAGGUGUAAGAAUAAGGACAUGGCUGAUUGGGUGAGGCCAGGAUUCCUGGCUGGCAUCCAGUCACCCCGUCUCCCAUCCCUACCCCUCUUCUUCCACAAGCCCACAGCCAAGACACUGUCGUCUCCCAGCCACAGUGAUGACUGCCCUGGAGACUCCACUGACCUCUAGAUGAAGGUCCCUGGCCCUGGUUCCUGUUAAUUAACCACUGGGUCUUUGUGUCCCCCAGCACAAGCUCCUUUCCUGUCCUCUGCGGCUUGGGGUCACAGGCAUGCCAGGAAGCCCCAGUUCAGGGGCGCAGACUGAAGCAGUGCUCCACCUCUCGUCUUCUAGCUCAGGGGUUGCUGGUCUGUGGCAGGUGCCACUAGUGGCCCCUGUGGCUGUUCUCAGUGGCAGUUCUUCAUCCCCUCUCCCUACUUCACUCUUUUCUCUUGCCCGUGCUUUCGGCCUCCAGCAGGCCUGCUGGCAGCGCUCAGGGUGUGAGGCUGACUCCUGCCCUGCCUUUCCUAUUUAUCUUCACGGUUUGCCAGGGCCUGCCCUGGGGAGGUGGACGACAGACCCAGGACUUUUCUCAGUAGCCAGUCCUACCCCCAGUUGACUUUUCACCAAUUCAGGGUAGAAGAGAAAACAGCAGCACCCCAGCAUGUGAGUUACUCAGGUGUUGGGGGCCAGAAGGGACAGUACAUUUAAACAACCCUCAGAGCUCUGGCCUUAAACCUGUGGGCACCCCCCCAAGUCUAGGAGCCUCAUCUCUUCCUGGCAGUCUUGUAGGCAGAGGGUCCUGAAAGGGAAACCAUUCAGACAACUGUCCCCCAAUCUACCAGCCAUCUGCAGGGGGCAGUGACGUGGCCCUCUCCCUCCUCUGGAAUGUGCCCCUUAUGAAGAGUCCCCCGUGGGGAAGAGGAGACUCAGCUAUCCUUCAGCAGCUUGUGCCAGGAUCCCAGGGCAGAAGCUUCCACAGGAGCCUCUUGCCCUUGCUCAGAGCCACUUUGUGAGGUGGUAGGGGGAGGGGCCCAGUGCUGCUCAGCACACCCCAGCAUUAGGUCAGAUCAUUGAAAUUAAAAUGUGAAUGAAGUACAGAUCCGCCUUUUGUGGAAGCAGGACAAACUACCACCCCACCAAGUGUGUGACUUCUUGAUAUCCCACUGCAGUUUCCAUUUUUAGGAAUUUUCAAUCCCGUGCUUGUCUAAUGUCUGCUUUAAACAGUUCGAGACCCUGUUCCUGUUUUCAAAUGCAUGCAUGUUAAGAUGAAUCUCCAACCUGAGGAAAAAAAUAAAACUCAAAAAGCUUUGUGUA